AUGUGGGGGACCUGGGCCAUCCCGUGUCUGGUGAGUCGGCUCCUGCCCGGCGCGGGCGGGCGGCUGGGGCUCUCCCUGCCCGCGGGGUCUGGGAGCCGCUCCCUCCCGACGCCCCUCCCCGGAGACGGCUGUGCGGGGCGCGGGCCGGGCCGGGAGAGGAGGGGGACUUCGCGGGCAGCGCUGCGUGUCCGGCCGCACGUCGGCUCCGGGGCGGAUGACUUCUCUUCCUUCAGGCCUGUUUUUGGGAAGGGUCAUUACUUCUCCAUGAGAAGUCAACUUCUGAUUUGCAAGUGCAGACCACAGAGGCUGUUGGUCUGUAAACCUCUUCGACUCCUCACUCGUAAAUACAGUGGCUUGCUGCCCUCAGAUCUUCCUCCAGCUGGGCUGUCUCCAACUUUGAUACUUACCUCUAUCGCGGGACCAUGGCCUAGAGGUGUUAAUGCUCAAGCAACUGCUAUCAACUCCAAGGUGUUGAGAUGGCGCAAGAACAUAACCAUAAGGGAGGCUGGGUGCUUGGAAGGCCUGCAACGUGAGAGCAAAUUCUGCUGUCAGCCAUGUCCUCCUGGCACACGGAAAGAGGGUGACUGCAAAUCUGAGGAGGGUGAAUCAGAAUGUGUGCCCUGCCAGGAAGGGAAGGAGUACACAGACCAAGAGCAUUUUUCUUAUAAAUGCAGAAGAUGUGGAAUUUGUGAUAGACAGCUCGGCUUUGAAGUGGAGAGAAACUGUACCCGGACCCACAAUACCAAGUGCAGAUGUAAACCAAACUUUUUUUGUAACAUCUCUGAAUGCGGACAUUGUACCCCGUGCACCACGUGUGAACAUGGAAUCCUUGAGAACUGCACACCAACCAGCAACACCAAAUGUAGAGAAGGAUCCAGCUCCAAAUUUCUGUGGUUUUUUGCCCUAAUCCCGAUUGUAAUAUCUGCACUAUGUUGGUUGGGAUUUCCAAAAUCGGGACAAUGCUGCCUCUUGGGGGUGUUGGUCACUUUAAGUUUCAGUGAAUUUCUCCUUCCUUCUCCCACUUCUCGUAGUGCGAGAGUUUGUUCUCACAGGCUUCCUACAAGGCUGAGACCUGAGUCUGACAGAAAUGUCUUUGAUCUUCCAGGGAAGUUAAGACGGCGCAGGAAUAAAAAGAAUGAAGACCCUGGAUUCAUAGCCUCAACAACUGAAAUGAUGCCAAUAAAUUAUGCAGACAUCGACCUGAGUAAAUAUAUCACUAGUAUUGUUGAACAAAUGACAAUAACUCAAGUCAGAGAAUUUGUUCGGAAGAAUGGUAUCAAUGAAGCCAAAAUAGAUGAGAUCAAGAAUGACAAUCUCCAAGACACAGCGGAACAGAAAGUCCAACUCCUCCGUAAUUGGUACCAACUCCACGGGAGGAGAGAUGCAUAUUGCAAUUUAAUUAGAGGCCUCAGAAAAGCUAAUCUUUGUGCACUAGCAGAGAGAAUUCAAGAAAUGAUCCAGAGGGACAUUACUAGCUAACUUGAAAAUGGAAAUUUCAAACAUGAAAGUAAAAGACAAAGCUUGGCCAAAAGUGGAAAACAACUAACUCAGUCCUGAGUAUAUAUGAGCCAAUAGAAA